GAUGCAGCGGGAGGCGGUGCUGCCGCCAUAUUUGCCCGGAGAGCAGCGAGCUGGUAGCCGCUGAGCCCCCCAGACCCCAUCGGCUUCCAUCCGCCCCGUACGCUCCCCGACGCCGCUCCGCCUGCAGGACAUGGACGAUCGGGAGGACCUCGUCUAUCAGGCUAAGUUGGCCGAGCAGGCCGAGCGCUACGAUGAAAUGGUUGAAUCAAUGAAGAAAGUGGCUGGAAUGGAUGUGGAGUUGACAGUGGAAGAAAGAAACCUGCUUUCUGUUGCGUAUAAAAACGUGAUUGGAGCCAGAAGAGCUUCCUGGAGAAUAAUCAGCAGCAUUGAACAGAAAGAAGAAAACAAAGGAGGAGAAGAUAAAUUAAAAAUGAUUCGGGAAUAUCGGCAAAUGGUUGAGACUGAACUGAAGUUAAUCUGUUGUGACAUUCUGGAUGUACUGGACAAACACCUCAUUCCAGCAGCUAACACUGGCGAGUCCAAGGUUUUCUAUUACAAAAUGAAGGGGGACUACCAUAGGUAUCUGGCUGAGUUUGCCACAGGAAAUGACAGGAAGGAGGCUGCAGAGAACAGCUUGGUGGCUUACAAGGCUGCUAGUGAUAUUGCAAUGACAGAACUCCCACCAACACAUCCUAUCCGCCUAGGACUUGCCCUCAACUUCUCUGUAUUCUACUAUGAAAUUCUUAAUUCUCCUGAUCGUGCCUGCAGGUUGGCGAAAGCAGCUUUUGAUGAUGCUAUUGCAGAACUGGAUACGCUGAGUGAAGAAAGCUAUAAGGACUCUACACUUAUCAUGCAGUUGUUACGUGAUAACCUGACACUAUGGACUUCAGACAUGCAGGGUGAUGAUUCCUAAAGGAAAGUCCAACUGUUCUUUUCCUAAAAAGUCUACUUUGUGAAGAACAGAAUAAAGAAGCGCUGCAGGAUGUGGAAGAUGAAAACCAGUGAGACACAAAGGCCAACAAGAGAACCCAUCUCUGACCACCCUUCCCCCCUCCCCACAAAAACCCUCAGUGUCACUCUGAGAACCACCAAAUCUGACUUUUACAUUGGGUCUCAGAAUUUAGGUUCCUGCCCUGUUGGGUUUCUUUAUUUUUAUUUUUUUUUACACAGUUUAAAAGUUCUUAAAGGCAAGAGUGAAUUUCUGUGGAUUUUACUGGUGCCAGCUUUUAGGUUCUUUAAGACACUAACAGGACUGCAUAAAGGCUUUUCAGCAUUACUGUGUUGUCUCCUGCCAGCCGUGGUGAUGGCCAUUAGAAGUGGAUGUGACACCUGGAGGCUGUUAGACUUGUAGGGGAGAGAUUCCUUAUCACGAGGUAGCAUGCAUGUGGUGGCAUUUUUUUUUUAUAAUUGUUUAAACUGAAUUUUAUACCGAUGUUUAAACUUAAUUGGAUGUUUAGCUUGAAGUUGCAGGUUGCAUUGGGAUGUAUAUUGUAGUGGGGUUACUGUAAUAAAAAAAAAAAAAGGAAAAAAAAAAA